AUGGCCGACGUCGAUGUUCCGGUGGGCAAGAAGGCCUUCGUGCCUCUGGAAAACAAUCCCGAGGUGAUGACAAACCUAGUUCGAGAAUUAGGACUCUCAGAAUCGCUACAGUGGCACGAUGUCUUCUCACUCACGGAACCAUCAUUACUUGAAUUCCUCCCACGACCAGCAGUGGCACUGCUUUUGGUAUUCCCAAUCACAGAGACGUAUGAGAAGUUCCGGCGAGAAGAGGACGAGAGCAAAGAACAGUACGACGGGUCGGGUCCCCAGGAAGAAGUGGUGUGGUUCCGACAGACCAUCCGAAAUGCAUGUGGCCUGAUCGGUCUGCUUCACUCAAUCACGAACGGGCCGGCGCGCGAUCAGAUCAUUCCAGGCAGUGAUCUCGAUAAAUUGCUUCAAGCCGCCAUCCCACUCAAGCCAACUGAGCGAGCUGAUCUACUCUACGAAAGCAAGUCCUUGGAGGGCGCCCACCAGAAAGCAGCACAGAAGGGAGACUCAACAGCGCCAGACGCGGAAGCCAACAUAGAACUGCACUUCGUUGCAUUCAUCAAGUCUCAGAACGGGGAUCUGUGGGAACUGGACGGGCGGAGGAAGGGGCCACUGAAUCGUGGUAAACUUGGUCCUGAGGAUGAUGUGCUGAGCGAGAAGGGGCAGGAACUAGGUGUUCAGGCGUUCUUGAAGCGCGAGGAACAGGCUGGCGGUGGUGAGCUGCGGUUCAGUGUGGUAAUGCUCGGACCAAGCAUGGACUGA